UCUAGCUAUGGCGUCUAAACGUUCCUUCUCUGAAGAGGACUUCACGUGCCCUGUGUGUUGUGAUGUGUUUAAGGAGCCCGUGCUCCUGUCGUGCGGUCACAGCGCGUGCAGCACCUGCGUUCACCGGUACUGGGACGUCAAACGCUGCCGAGAAUGUCCACUUUGCAGGAAACGAUCCGCGAUAAACCCUACGAUCAACCUGGCUCUGAAAAACCUGUGUCAGACCUUCCUGGAGGUCCGAGGUGAUCCCGAGACACUCUGUGACAUCCAUAGAGAGAAGCUGAAACUCUUCUGUGUGAAUGACGGAGAGGUCGCGUGCUUACUCUGUCGAGAUUCUAGCAAACACCUACAGCACCAAUUCAUUCCUGUCGACGAAGCAGCUUCUGAACUAAAGGGUGUUCUUAUGAGUGCACUGAAUACCUUGAAAAUGAAAAUGAAGAGCCUCCAAGAUGCCCACUUUCAUUGUCAUCAAAAUAUAGAUCACAUAAAGCAACAGGCAGAGUACGUAAAGAAUCAGAUAAAGGAGGAAUUUAAGAAACUUCGGCAGUUUCUGCAAAAGGAGAAUAGAGCCAUGAUGAAGCAGCUGAAGAAGGAGGAGCAGGAGAAAACAAAGAGUCUGGAAAGCAAAAUAGAACAAAUGAAUCAAGAGAUACAGUCACUCUCAGACACUAUUAAAGACCUAAGAAAGGAAUUUGAAUCUGAAGACGUCAAAUUCCUGAAGAACUUUGAGAGGACUUUGGCAAAAUCCGAGUACAAAGAUUCUCAUCCAAAUGUGGCUUCAGGCGAAGUUAUUGAUGUGGCAAUGUACGUGGGAAACCUGCAGUUCAGACUCUGGAACAAAAUGCAGAGCAUCAUUAAAUACACUCCUGUUAUCUUGGACCCAAACACAGCUCACUCGCAGCUCAUUCUGUCUUCGGAUCUGACCAGCGUAAGAGACAGUGAUGAUGACGUUGAGGACAAGGCUGACAAGCCCAGACUACCAGUUUUGGACACUCCUGAGCGGUUUAGGAGUUUGUGUGUCCUGGGGUCUGAGGGCUUCUCUUCGGGGCUGCACUGUUGGGAUGUUGAGGUGGGAAACAGCACCUUCUGGAUGCUCGGUGUGACCACUGAGACUGUUCAGAGAAAAGAAUCCAAUGUUUUUCCCAGAGGAGCUUGGGGUAUUGGGUAUGAUGGUGAAAAGCUGUGUGCUCGAUCCCCUUUGGAAGUGUAUACUCCUCUCACUUUGGCUGCCAAACCCCAGAUGGUCAGAAUUCGUCUGGACAUGGAUUUAGGGGAGGUGUGGUUCUUAGAUCUUGCCAGCAAUGACAUUAUCCACAUGUUCUCACACCAGUUCACUGGGAAGGUCUUUCCCUUCUUCCACAGCAUGUGCAGUCUAUCUCCUCUGAAGAUUAUGCCUCUCCAGCCUUUUGUGAUGCUGGAAGACAUCCCUUAAUGCUCUUGUUUCUAAGUGAUAAGUGGCAGUGAUAAGUGGCGGUGGUUCACAUUACUGACUGUAGUCCAUUUUUAAAGUUGUAAUGUAUUUAUUCUGUUGUAGCAACUUGAAGAACAAGUAAACUAGAUCAGGGUACAGUCUGACAACUUGUUUGAUGCUAAAGAAAGACGUAUGGUGAUGUAGAUUAUGUGGAGAACAUGUCAGUACAGUUUUGUUUUGCUUUCUGUACCUUUCAUGGCUAAAGGUGAAAAAGAUGGAACUAUAUAACAGAAUAUAAUGUGUCAAGUGUUUGUUCACACUUAGACAUAAGGCUGUUACACUUUAAAAUGUUUAUCUUCUACAUCUUGUGCUCUAAUAGUUCCACACAGUUUGUGUUAUUAGUCAGAACCUAGCUCAUGUGACAUCUUUCGGUUUUCACCCUGGUUUUCCCCUAGUCAUUUGUCAUUUUUCUUAGUGUCAUACGUAAAAUAUUAUGCCAAAUUCUGAUUCCAAAUUCUUCUUCCAUCUGAUGGGAGAAGGGACAUUAAAUGAAGUGUUAAAACCUCUUAGCACUUUCUGGCAAAUCAUAGUGUGGGAGACUUUCUAAUGACAAGCUUAUAAGGCAUGACUGAUUUGUUGUGAUGGCCAUGACCGUUAUCGAAACAUGGGUUCAAGGACACACAGUAUUAGAGACCAAACACAGGUGAAUACAGUGAAGCUUUGUUGAAACAUAAAUAACACAAUGGGUAAUGCACUAAUCCACCUCCUAAAUAAAAGCCUAGAUAAGUUUUAUUGAUGGAAAUUGGUAUUGAUAGGGAUUCUAUUCUGAACUUAAGUUUCUUUUUCUGUCUUUUUUUUUUAGCCAUAAUUUCUGGAAAAUCGCUCUGGAGUAUAAAGCCUUGUUUGAACUGGAUUCGUUUUACCUGUAAUCUUAGUGAUUACUAAAGAGAUCUAAAAUUAGUAUACUGCUAAAAUGUAGCAUAACCUGUACAUAUACAUCUUGGCUAUGAUGUUUACAUCUGGACUGUCUGUUUGAGGACUGCACUUAUGCACUUAUUCAUUCUAGCAUCUAAUUCAGUUUAGUUUGAUUUUGUUAUUUUGUUACUUUUAAUGUGUAUUUGCUAUAUUCUUUUAAACCUUUACUUUCCAUAUACUGUAAGCCAUGUUGUGUUAUUUUAUUCAUGUUUCUCAUUAUUUCUUCCUGCAAAACACUGUGAACUUGUGUAGGAACUUGUACAGCCUAGUUUAGUAGUAGAAGCCUUGUUUAAGAGAUGCACAUGGGAUAUUUAAAAUAUGAAGGCACACCUUGUUAGCACUGUGAAAGUGGAUUUCCUCUUGAUUUUUUUAUGUCAUCCUUUUAAAUAUUAUUCAUAAUAUGUAAAGAAAACGUGCUUAUUAUUAUUAUUAUUAUUAUUAUUAUUAUUAUUAUUAUUAUUAUUAUAACUAUUAUUAUGUUAUGUCACUGUAAAAGUCUCCUGGAGGUGCUCACACCAGCCAAUUUGGAAAUUAAUCAAAACCUGAGAAUACAAAACCAAAGAAUAUAAAGGUGCUUUAAACAUUCUGAGGUAUGGUCCAAAAUCCUGCUGUGUGUAGUUGGUGCAUGUAUUUUUUGUUUUUUAUUAUUAUGUAGCUAAUUUUUCUAUUAAAACAU